GCAGACUGGAAGAGAUGGCAUGAGUUCAGGGUAAUUCAUUUAUCAAUGUGUUGGUUAUGUCGGUUCACAAAUCUAAAUGUACUCUUGAGUCGAUCUCUUAAUUUUGCAUUCACUUUGGUUGUCGUUACUAGUUCCACAUUUGACCCGGCUGCCUUAACUUUCAAACUCAGACUAUGCAGAUACAAUCAGAUCAUAGGUCCAAUAAAGUAGUCUUGUCUAUAACCCUUCUGAGUCUGUUAACAACAUAAUCAAAUAUAAAAAAAGCCAUCUAACAUUAAACAUAAGCAUAUUUAUUUUGUUUUUAUGUAAUUAUUUGAAAUUAGAGUUCCUUUACUCCUUUGCUUUUUGUUCUAUUUUUGUUGCCUUUUUUUUUAAUGCCUUAUCAAUUCCUGGAAAAUACCAAUUGUCCUGUAGCUUGCUUCAAGUUAAAUGUAGAUCUAAUAACCAGUUAGUAAUGGUUCCAUCAUUUCUCUUGCGCUGGGAGGUACUUUGAUGUAAACCUAAUUCAAUAGAAGAGUUAUUUAAAUAGCCUGCCCUGCUAACAUGCAGUGAAAUUAAAGGUCUCCAUUCAAAAGCCUUGAGGCGAAGAGCCAACUGCAUUCAUAGUGCUGCUUCCCAAUGCCUGCAUGAGAUCUGCUGUAAGUCCAUCACAAAUGCCAUGUAUCUUUAAACACACAUAACAUACUCUGGAGAUCCCAAGUAUGUUGGUAAAGCGAGGUUUUGUUUCUGUAAAAGAGGUUAAACAGCUGUUUGAGAAUAGUUUCUAACUUUGAAUGUUCCGUUAUACAGAAAAGGAUGGGAAAGCCUUCCACCCAACCUAUGAAGAGAAGUUGAAGUUGGUGGCUCUGCACAAGCAGGUCCUGCUGGGGCCUUACAACCCCGAUACCUGUCCUGAGGUUGGCUUCUUCGAUGUGCUGGGCAAUGACAGGAGGUAAUGCGUUCAGUGUACUAAGCAGCUGGACAUGACCAGGUUAUUCACAACUAAACGCUGUUUGCUUGUCUGUUAUGUAAAGUUCAAAGCUGAAGGCCGUGGGGGAUUCAUUUUAUGACGACAUUGACAUUUUACGGCCCUUGAUUUGAAUUGGACUCAGCAUUUGCAAUGUGUGGGCAGCACUGUCUGGUUAAAGUUAAAUUGAUUGUGUUUUUUUAUUAUAAAUAUUGCCUAGUAAAAUUACUAGCAAAUCUAUGCAUUUAGUGAUUACAUUUAUAUGAAAUCUUUUUCUAGUGUGCUGUAACCUGUGUGAGCCCCCACUAUGCACUGCACACGUCACAUGUGAUAAGCUAGGGUUUUCAAUAAUUCUUUGAACAGCACAGUAUUGAUAACAUUAUGAAGUGUGACAUACCGCUGACCGUGUCAUACCACCUUAUUUUCACAACAAGGCUGUUUUAAAAAGGUUUGCUCCUGAGAACUUCAUUAUACAGUGUGGUGACCGUGAUACGAGUUUACCAUGUGUAUAAUAUAUAUAGUCCGUAAUCCCCUAUUGUGUCUGUGUUAGGAAGGACAUGGCUACGUUCUGGCUGUAGUCAGGAAUUUAUUUCGAUUAGUUGCCUGACAUCCGUACCACGCCCAGUAUGGUGCUAGUCUGUUAUCAAUAUGUUUUAUUACACCAGGCACUCCUUUUGGAUGCCCGCAUUAACAUAAAAUGUUAGCAUACUAUUUUCAUUUUAUGGCUUUAUUUCCAUGCGAAAAGGUAAAGGCUACGACAUACAUGACUUUCAGUGCCCUAGCAAAGUUAUCAUUCAUUAUAAAGAUUAAAUAUUCUACAAUAGUUCAUGUAAUGUAAUUGUAUGCAUAGCUGCUGCAAUCGAAAGAUUGACACAUGGCAUCACAGUCUAAAACUAAAAGCAUUUCACGUAUGCAUUCGCCGGCAGUUUGGCUAGUAGAAAAUGUAGAUUAAACUUGCACUUUAUAAAUCUAUCUCCUCUGCAGAGGUAGGGUCGUUUUAGGCUUUUCGUGGGUUUACUUCAUUUUUCUUUAACUUAGUGGACAUUGAGGGAGGGGUGCCAUAUGACAAUAUACACUGCUUGAGAGCCACAGUAGGAGCGAAGAAGACUGUGGCACUAUUUGUAAAUAACACUCGUGGAUUCCAAGUUGAAUUGUUGAUCCAUUAAACUCCACAUGACUUCCAGAAGCUGCUUUUUCGAUGACCAAUAAUGGUAUGAUGGAUUGUGACAUAGAGCUGCAAUCGCACACAAUUAAUCAGGGGAACAAAGAAUGCCGUAUUCCUCGAUGUUUAUAAAGUAGUUCUGCACACAAUAAGCAGGUUUCUUUUUUUGAGUUAUGAAGCUAUAUUUUUACUUUAUAUUAUUUCCCCCACCAAUAGGAGAGAAUGGGCGGCCUUGGGAAACCUGGAAAAACAAGAAGCCAUGACAGAGUUUGUAACAUUGCUAAAUAGAUGCUGUCACCUCUUUUCAACAUACGUCACUUCACAUAAGAUCGAAAGGGAGGAGCAGGAGCGGAGACGGUAACUUCCCAAUCUCUCUAUCCUAAUACUUCCAACUGAUAAACAUAAACAGAGCUAGACUCGCUUUAAAUUCUUUCCUUACUAGAAAGAAAAAUAAAUGUUAAGACAAAACAUGGGGACGGGUGUAAGGUGGGGCAGCAGGGUCUGGGGAGAUCUUUGUUUUGCCAGGAAACCGUUUUUAUUUAAGAGCUGUGUUUUCAGGUUGCUCUUGUUUAGAGGAUAAUUUAGAUUCCCAGACAUAACAGAAGAGGAAAAUGUCAGCUCUGUUAGUGGUGAAUAAAACAUUCAUCUCCGUCUUUUAUUCCCCCAAGUUCCGCUUUUUUACACAAUAACAGAAAUUCUACUUACCGUAAAUAAUUUUUUCCUUAUUAUAGUGGCAGUACCAGUGGGUUUGUAUCCUCUUGAUGGACAAGCAGACUGUCAAUUAAAUAAAAACAUUUAAAUAGUCCCUCCUCCUUCCCCUUUAAAACACCGGACUUUCCCCAGGAACGUCGGUAAAAGAAGACACAAAAGGCUACAUCAUGCUCAAUCUAAAUUUACUAUCGUACUGCCACUAUAUUAAGGAAAAAAUCAUUUACGGUAAGUAAAAUUUCUGUUUUUCCUAGCAUAUAGUGGCAGUACCAGUGGGAUAUGACAAGAUCCCUGGAACAUUAAAAGGGUGGGUCUCAGCGAACUACAGCUUGCAGCACCUUGCGCCCAAAAGCAGCCUCAGAGAACGAGAAGAUGGGUUGCCGAUGGUGCUUGAUGAAGGUAUGAAAAGAGGACCAAGUUGCCGCUUUGCAGAUGUCUUCAGGAGAAGUGUUGGAUUUUUCAGCCCAUGAAGUGGACAUGGCUGUGGUUGAGUGCGCUCUAAUGGAGGAAGGUAUUUGAACAUUGUGCAGUUCAUAAGCCAACGUGAUGGUGUCUGUUAACCACCUCGCCAGAGUGGGUUUAGAUGCUCCCAUACCCUUCUUUUUCCCUUGAAAAUUAAUAAACAGGUGAUCCGAGGACCUAAAUUCUUCUGAACGGGAUAAGUAAAUCAGAAGUGCUCUGCGAACAUCUAGGUUAUGCCACUUCCGUUCUUGAACCGAACUUCCCAAACUACAAAAUGAUGGAAGUACCAGAGGUUCAUUAAGAGAUUUUCUUGAAAGAACUUUCAGUAAAAAAGAAGGCUUAAUAUGUAGCACAACCUUGUCCUGAUGGAAAAUCGUGAAUUCCGAUGAAGAGGAAAGAGCUUGGAUCUUCCCAAUUCUCCAAGCUGAGGUAAUUGCUAUUAGGAAAAUAGGCUUGAGAGACAGAAUCCUUAAUGAUACACCUUCAAGUGGUUCAACUAGAGCUUCACAUAAAGACUGUAGCACCAGAGAUAAAUCACAGGAAGGGAAUUGAAAUUUUCGAGGUGGUCUUUGUAAAAGAAUGGACUUGAAGAAACUCCUAAUCAGCAGACAUGUCGCAAAAUCCACAUUUUCUUUUUGCAUCCAUCAGUGGAGUGGAGGAGCGCAUUCUGAGCAGGAGUUACGUUUUGAUUUAAACAUAGCCUUCUUGGGUGCAGGUGCCGACAUUUUCUCCUUGGCUAAUUCUUUAAAAGAUAAUGGGCUAGACAUCUGCAAUAAAUAAAACAAUUUUAAGAAAGUUACCAAUCCAGAAGAAAACAGAUGCUCUUAAGGAAAAGAUAAAUUAUAUCAUAUCUUAAAGACCUCUGAACCGUGGGGGGGGAGGGUGACACGGUAUUCCUUCUCCAGACAACAAUAACGUUUGCCCUGAAGGUUUGCACGGCUUUAAUGUGCACCAUUUUUUUUUUUAUUUGGCGACAAAAUUUCAAGUUCCGAAUUGCAUAUGCGCAGUAGAGUAUUCGGAACUCCUGUGGAACGCGAGGCCACCCGGGCGUGUGUUCCACUGCCAUGCGCAAGCUCUGAGCUUGCAAUUCCAUUGGCAGACCUCCUGGGAUCACCUCUUACCCAUUGGCGGUUUCCACACGGCAUAAGAAGGCAUAUUUUCCUGCUUGCUCUGUAACCAAGACACACAGUGUGGCACUCAGCUCACUUCCCAGGGAGCUACCGGACCAAUCCCCCAGACAGCAGCCUGUGCGCCUCACCAGACCGAUGGUCCUGUGGUAAAUUCGGGAUUUUAUAGGGGAAGGAGGAGGGACUAUUUUAAAAUGUUUUAUUUAUUGACAGUAUGCUUGUCCAUCAAGAGGAUACAAACCCACUGGUACUGCCACUAUAUGCCAGGAAAAGUUCUUUUAAAAGUAAAAUUAUAUUAAAUUGUUUGUAAUAAAUGCUGGCAGUGCAUCAAAGGAACUGUGGUUCACAAACACCUACAGUUCUACCGUUAUCUGUCACUGGCUUAGGCCAAUCUAUACAACAAACACAUUGGGCACUUUACUAAUGUUUGUAAUUUAGCAAUCCGUUGUGCUUUUCAGCAGUGCCUGCUUGUAGUCUUGAUACAGUAAUAUUGCUAAUCCUUUCAAUAACAAAUGUUUGUGCAGACAGGCCUUGUAGCAUUGCAAGGGCAUUAAUUAGCAUAAGCUUUUCUUUUUUGGGUACUUUUUACAUUGUAGUUUUCUCGUCUCCUUUAAAGGAACAAUCAGUAUUUCUUCUCAGUCUGUCUUUUCUUUCUAGAAGUAGACAUGUCAUCACAUUUUAUUAGCAUUGAAAAAUGUAAUUCGUGACAUUCCUUGCAAACGUCAUGAUUUGUAAUCUCAUGAUAGGGCUUUGGGGCAGCAUCUCCGCACCAAAAUAAUCUCAUUAAGAUGCCCAGUCUGUUUAAAAAUUUUUUUCCUGUAUUUACUUUCAAUUCAUAAAUAGAAGGGAGGAAGAAGAGCGUAGGAGGCAAGAAGAAGAGGAGCGUCAGCGUUUGCAGAGAGAGGAGGAGAAACGUAAAAGAGAAGAGGAGGAGAGAUUGCGGCGAGAAGAGGAGGAAAGGUUGCGAGUGGAAGAUGAGCGAUUUCGCAUGGAACAGCAAAAGUAAGGAUUUCUCUCACUAUGCCAUAUUGGUGCAUGGCGUGAUUGUUUACAGUAGAGGGCUAUUCUCCAGCUCUCACAUUGCAUAUAUGCGAAGUUCUCCCUGCAGCCCCUCAUUGGAGGGAGAAGGAUGUUCCGAAGGGAGGACACUGGGGGGGUGAGGCCAUGCUUCACUUGCAUGCUAUGCGUAUUAGAGAGAGGUGCCUUUUAUGCACAGAAUUAACGUUAACUCUAGUUCCAGUCUGCUAAUGAUGCUGAAGUGGAGUUACACCUCCAGUAGCAGAGUGUGUUACAUCUGUAUGGGAAACGUUUCUUCCUUGUUAAACGCUGCACAUACAUACUCCAAGCACCGUGACCACUUCAAAUCACUGAAGUGUUCAUGGUAAUUGGAUUAACACUUAAACACUUUUCUGCAAGGGUUCUACUUUGCAGCUGAACACCUCUGGCAGUGAGGAUGUGGCUGCACAUGGUCAUGGGAGUAGCAGUGAGUACAACAUGUGGGGCUACAUUUCAACAUUUUCCUAUGGAAAGCACCAAGAUUGGACAAGUAUGACAUACUUGCACUGAUUUCAGUUCAAGCUCUUGCAUAAAUAUUGCUAAUGCAAAUCCUUAUUUACUGGUAAAACUGGUUAGCAGACAGGUAUAUAUUAAAACUACAUUUACAUGAUGAUAACACACACUAAUCACCAUUUUUGCCAGGAAAGACACAUUUUGUAUUUUUGCUAGUUUUUAGGUAAGUCUUGGGAUCUUUGUGUAUUUUGACAUCUACGUUUUUGUGGCUUUUUUUUUUUUUUUUGAGUACUUUGUUUGUUUUGCUGCAGGCAGCAGAUAAUGGCGGCCUUGAAUUCACAGACGGCUGUUCAGUUCCAGCAGUAUGCUGCUCAGCAGUAUCCAGGCAACUUCGAACAGCAACAAAUCCUUAUCCGACAGCUGCAGGAGCAGCACUAUCAACAGUACAUGCAGCAACUGUAUCAGGUGCAGCUAGCACAACAACAGGUAUAUUGCCACUCACCAGCACUACCACAGUAACCGGAUCGUUCUGAGAUAAAGCUCACAGUCACUAGUCCUGUAACCGCUCUUUCCAGUCAAUCUUAGGAAGAGCUCCCUCAUUAGCUCAGCUUAAAUUGACUAACCCAGUAACCAGUACAUCUAUAUUGCCUGAGUAAGCCAUCUUAAUAAAUAGCACUGCAAUAUAGGAAGCUGUUACUUAAACCAAAAUGUGCUUUGUAACCUGUUUGGCGAAUAUGGGUUUACUAAAUAAACAGAUAUAUUGUCUAGUCCUGUCGCUAGGCCUGACAUCACGGCUGUUGUAUGAAGUAUUCUACUAACUGGGUACUCCUGUCUCAUACAAGUCUUUCUUUUCCCUCAGGCGGCCUUACAGAAACAACAAGAAGCUGUGGUACAAGGAACUAAUUCUCCACAAAAUUCUCCCUCCAAGAUAAAAGCAGGAAAUAUAUCCACACUCUGCGAGGCCCCUUCCGUUAAUGGUCAGAAUCACACCCACACCGAGAGCUCUGAAACAGAAGUGGGCACAGAUCCCCUGGACGAUAUUCUAGAGAAUGGGCCAAAAGGUUUGUUCUAGAACACAUACGCUACUUCCAAACUAGCAUAAUCCAGAUAUCCCGGGAAGGGUUAUUUGUAACUGAGCACCAUUUAUUUCAGUGCAGACUUAGUGUAGAUAGUAACAUUGUAUUACUCUGCUUUGUUCCUUUGUCUGUUUAGGUUUAAAAUCCACCCUUUAAAAAAAAAAAAAAUCCCUUUCCGAUUGCAGUUAAACAUGUAAUCUAGCCACUUUGAUGCACUCUGAAAAGCUGGAUGACUUGUCUAAAGAAAAGCAUAUGGCGCUUGCAAUACUAGUUUCAAUCCGCAAAUCCAAUGCUUCUAAUUCAGUUCUGUUGGAUUGUUUAACCUAUAAAUUACAUUUUUCCAUUUGGCUGGUGAAUGCGUCAAAAAUGAGUAGGUUGAAAAGUAUCCCACAAAGCUGCAUCAGAAAUUGUAAGAUGCCUUACACUCAUUUUCGGGCUUACUGCAGCCCACCAUACUUUUAGAAAUUUCCGGACUGCUUUUUCUAUUUGCAUUUUCUGGCAAUUUGUGCACAGCAUAUGUUGCUGUUGUAAAAGACCUGCUGUUGUGGGUUAAGCUGUGUAGUUGAUCUCUAAGGAUCUUGUGACUAAUGACUGGUUUCUUUCAGAGUCUGCCCCAGUAAUAGCUGCUCCUUCCAUGUGGACACGGCCGCAGAUAAAAGACUUCAAAGAGAAAAUCCGUCAGGAUGCAGACUCUGUGAUCACCGUGGGCAGAGGGGAGGUGGUCACAGUGCGAGUUCCCACCCAUGAAGAAGGCUCAUACCUGUUCUGGGAGUUUGCCACAGAUAGCUACGAUAUUGGGUUUGGGGUUUAUUUUGAAUGGACAGACUGCCCAAACACCUCAGUCAGUGUGCAUGUCAGCGAGUCGAGUGAGGAUGAAGAAGAGGAUGAAGGUAGGUUAGAGCAGCCUAGUGGUUGUAACAAUAUUUGAUAUUAACAUGCAGCAGAGUAUGGUGUACACUACAGAACUUGAAUCACUGUUUUUUUUUUUUUCAAUAUUACCGUAGUUGCCAUCAGCGCAGUCCAACUGAUUGUAAAUAUAAACACACAAAUUAUAUGUGGCAAUGGCCACAGUGUUAAAAAGCCAAAAUACACAGAACAAAUGUGUGAUGGAGCUCCUGUACCCCGUCCAAGUACCUCUGCCCAGCCCGCUUCUUAGCAGCUUCCCAGGACACAGGAACGCUUCAGCCCCAGUCGGCGAAGCUUGACUGGUUCUCUCUGGAGCUCUUUCCUUCCAAGGAUGUACCAUUCCUCUGCAGUCCUUCUUCCAGGCAGGUAUGCACCUCUGCCUGCAAUGUGAUAGCUCCUGUCUUUAUAAAGACACUUGCAGCUCUCAGGCCUAGCUUUCUGUUUGCCCACAGGCUAAAGGGAUCGUACAGACAGCCAACAGGUCUGCAACUGUGUUAUUGGGAUCCUUAAAAAUCCACACAGGACACACAGAUCCAAAAGGAGCAAAUCUUUGCAGUUUUUUGUUUUUACUUGGGACUAAAACAUAUGCUCGUAACAUCAGGCUUGCUGUGACUAACUUAAUAAAAUCCAAAUAACCAAAUCAUAUCAGACAACAGGCAGGAACUUGUAAUGACAUUUUCAUAACUGGGUGGGGAAAGCAAUAAUUAAAGGGACUCUCCAGUUUUCCUGGCACUGCAGGUCCCCUCUCCCUCCCACCUCCCAUCCCCGGUUGCUGAAGGGGUUAAAACCGAUGUCCCUCGGUGCUGGGUCGGGCUCCGCCAACUCUCCUCCCCAGCCGACAGGGGAGACCUAAUGCGCAUUACACCGCCCCAUAAGAAAGCAUUAUUCAAUGCUUUCCUAUGGGAAUUCCGUCAACGCUGGAGGUCCUCAUGCAUUGCGUGAGGAUGUCCAGCAUCUCUUAAAACACUAAAAGUGUUUUAAGAACCCGGAAGCUCCUCUAGUGGCUGUCUUAUAGACAGCCACUAGAGGAGGACUUAACCCUGUUAGGCAAUUAGUGCAGUUUAUGAAAAACUGCACUAAUUACACUUGCAUGGUUAAGGGUAGUGGGUGCAGGGUCAUUUAGACAUAGGAGUAGUCCAGGGUCAUCAUUCCAAUGGUCAUUAAAGUUUAAGCUCACUUGCCACAUUGAGGCAAAACGUGCUACGUGAGUCUUACACUAACAAUUCACCUUGCUCCUUUCAGCUAAAAGUCAAAAUUUCUGAGAGAUGGAUAUUUCUUAUAAACACCCCCUACACACUUAUUAAUCCUUAAUAGGACCCAUGGUGGGCAGCAGCACUUUUUACACUAGUGUUUUACAGAAGAAAAUACUGACCCACAAAAAAUGAAACUCCCACUAAUCCUGAGCGGCAGCAAUGGCUACAGUAUUCAUCCUCUUAAAUCAUGGUAACUAUAAGCAAGAGUAGAAUGGGAGGUUAAUAUGUUAAUGUUUGAAGAACAGUCUGUAUAAAACCUCAGAUGGUUUUCAUUGUUCCACUUUUGUAUUGCGCUAGAUCUGUUUUAUUCAGAAACACUGUUGUCUUCAAACACAUAUUUUACUCAUAAAAUGGACAUAUUGUGGCUCUGAAAUGGUAACACAACCCAUGUUAUUCCUCUCCUCAGGAGCUCUUUAAUACAUAGCUGUUUGAUCUGGUUUUAUGUGUUCUGUCGGAGUGUGACUGAUGAAAAUGGACUUUAAAUUGUGUUCUGUUUUUUUAAAUGGUUUUUUAUAUAUUUGUUUUUCUUUCUAACAGAAAACCCAAGCAGUGAAGAAAAAGCCAAGAAGAAUACCAACAAGCCUCAGUUGGAUGAGAUUGUCCCGGUAUAUAGACGGGAUUGUCAUGAAGAAGUAUACGCCGGCAGCCACCAGUAUCCUGGCCGGGGGGUCUACCUUCUGAAAUUUGAUAACUCCUACUCCUUAUGGAGGUCAAAAUCCGUCUACUAUAGAGUGUACUAUACUAGAUAAAGUGGGGGAGGGGGAGAUAGAGAGGGUGUGCAGGGACAGACGGAGUGAAUCUCACAUUUGCUGGAUCUUUUCUGUGCUGUCCUCCAGAUCCGGGGCUCCUUCUGGCUGCAACUGGCUUCCAGUGCUGCACUAUUUUAGCUGCAACUUAACCGUCACAGGCAGAUGUUUAGACUGUCACCAGAUUUAAUAUUUUCUUCCUAGCCCCUCUGACAGCGGAUGGUUCACAUGCAUCCAUCUUGGUUUGUUCUUGUUUUUUGGGGAUGAGGUUAAGAUGUUAGUGUAUUUGCUCCUCCUAUUUCUGAUGAUUCAUAUGUUCAUAUCACUUUCAAUGAGGCAAACAUGAUUUAAGUUGUAAAGUGAUAGUAUGCUGCUCCCCAAAGACACACCAAUUCGGGAUGGGGGAGUAAAAGAAGUUCUCAACAGGUCCAUGAGUGCCUCUGCCAUUUUUGUCAGCCUCAUACCAUGGGCAUGGAUACAAAUGCAUUGGGCUCAAACCAUACCACUUGUGAUCAUGCGAGAAUAAUCUGUGGGUCCUCACUAGUUAUGACUAUUUGAUGAAGAUGUCGUGUGUAUGUUUUCAUGUUGUCUGAAUGUAUGACUCUCUAAUUCUGAAUGAUGAAUCUUUGUUACUCAUGAGCAACAUUCUGUCUGAAAGAAUAUCUGUAUUUUAUGUAAAUUAAUUCACUCUUUUACAACGUAUAACACACAAAGUGUUAAAGGAAAACUACACACAAGCACUUCAGCUUGCUUUGUGUGAGGAUAUGCUCAUUUUAAUUGUCAUUUAUAAACAUGCUGAUUUCUAUUUGAAAUCUGCACUUUUAUAAAUAUUUACUGAAACACCUCCCGGGCUGUUAAUCAGAUGCUCUAACAGAAUGUACCUGACUUCUACUCCAAGUCACAGUGAGGAUGUGAAACGUCCCUGCAUCGUCCCUGGCUCGUAGCUCAAAAUUAGAGGCUUCAAAACAAAACAAAAGGAGGGCUCACAAAGACUACAGACAAGAUCUGCAGCUUUUUCCAGACAUUUUUAAAUAUCCAAUAAAAAAUAAAUUAUGAUCUAAAUAAUGCAUGUUUAUAUCUAUAUGGGGGUAUAUCAACUAAAUAGGGAUAUUGGAGGCAAUGGACUGUCCUGUUAAACACCAUUCAUGUGUCCAGGUACUCCUGUGAGGGUGUGUCUGUUUUAGGAUGACAGAUAAGGAAAAGGUCAAUUCUGUGUGUAAAAUAAUCUUUGGCAUGGAGACAGAUCUCAUUGCAAUGCAGAAAACCUUGUACCUCUUUAAAAAAAAAAAAAAAGAGGAAUUACACUGAUGUUAACAUUUCAUUGGAGACUAAUGCAGUCGCAACUUAAACGAAGAGAGAGUAAGUGAUGUGUAUUUCCUUUGACAAAUAAAUUGAGACUGCCUGUCUCCUUUGAAAUGUGAACACCGUUUCUGAAAAGGCAGAGCGUGAAUUUGUUUUCUACAAUUAGAAUUAAGAGAGAUGUUAUUAUUACGGACAUAUAUCUCCAACCUUGAUGGUUUUAUUGCAUGCAUUACCUGUCUGAGGUGUUGGCAUAAAAAAAAAAAUCCAAAUUCUGAGACUUAAACACAGAUAAGGAUUGAGAAGUUACUGAUAUUAAGGAACUCAUGGUUCGAAGUACACUUAUAUUAAUGUCUUCGCUCCUGAAAACAGGGGAUUGCGCCAAAAUCAAGAGCAAAAAAAAUGUAUUAUUGGAUUUGUUUUGUUUUUACCCACUAAUCUGAAAUGGGGGAGGGUACUGUAAUUUGGUGUUAUUGUGUUAAUUUAAGAAAUAGAUUUAAUUCGAUAUGAAAUAAUCUUUAAAUUAAUAUUGGUUGUUUCAUGGUAACAUCUGAACCCAAAAAUUGUACUGAGAUAUAUAUAUAUAUAUAUAUAUAUAUAUAUAUAUAUAUAUAUAUAUUCUCUGUCCCUUAAACUCUUAUUUGAAGAAAGAAAAUGUAAAAUAUCUGUACAUUUCCAUUUUUAUUGUACUUCUAUUCCAGUAUGUCCAUGCUAUUGAACCUGUAUAAAAUACCAGUGAUUUCCCCUCUUCUACACUACCCCUAGAACACAUUGAGCUCUCUAGGCAAUGCAGAUACCAUCAUUAUACAGUGAAAUGUGUGAUUAUAGAAAGGGGUUUUGCAUGAAUAGCAUUAUAUUUUAACUCCAAACAUAAAGAAUAUGGAACUUCCUUCUGUACCUGCAAUAGGCCAAGUUCUCCCUACAGUCCAAUCCUUCUUGGAUGAUGUCACUCCCCCUGGUCAAGAGAGGAUGGACAGAUGUCAGGGCUAACAAGCUGAGGGGAAGACUGGAUGGCACAGAGGGAUGUGGAGAUAUGCUGCCAUUGGUUAGCAUCUGAAUGCAGUGCGUUCUGGUGUUUGACACCAAAUUUGCACAGAAUUCACAUUCGCAGCCCUGAACCCUUGCUCCUCUGGCAUAGGAGUAAAUCACAGUUUAGCUACUUUCUUUUACGUUGAGCUAUUUGCUGUCACUGAUGGCUGAUACUUCGCUUAUAUUGUGAAGACCCACUGAUAAAGACUGCAGUCAAUCCCUUUCUAAUCUUCAGAAAUCUCUCUUCACAUGUAUUGGCAGAUCUCCACCUUAUCACAUGAACUGAACCUAAACCAUCCUGAUUUAACACAUUAAUUUUCUUUUCUAUUGUACAGUCUGCACCUGCUGUUCCUCACAGGGGUGUGUAAUCCUUUCCUGAAUAUUUACCUAAAGUACUAAAAUUGCACCAGGGUUGUUCAUUUGCAUGUAAGCACUUUUUUGUGAGUUUUCCACCUCCAAACAUUAAAAAGAAAUCUGCAUCAAAGCCAGAACUUGCCAUUUGAGUUUUAACAUUUAUAACAGGCUAAUGAUUAUUUUAAUAAUGUCCAGUGUUGGACAACUCAUAAAAAAUGUUUACAUGACUUUAAAGGUACAUGACACUGGAACGAAUCCCAUAAAAUACUUUAUUUAUGUAGAUUGAAUAAAAACUCUGAAUGUAAUUGUCAGAAUUCUCCCAGCAGAUUCUGUAUCCCAUAUUAUUUGCAAUGUGGGUGCUCUAUAUAGUUGACAAAUACUAAGCACAGUAAGGGUUUAUAAGAAAACUAUGACUGUAUUAUUCCUCAGAACUUCCCCAUAGAGGUAUGAAAGAAUAGGGAGGCGCUAAUGAGGUUUAUUUGCAGGUGGGAUCUUCUGCUUAGUGUUAUCUGAACAGAGGGUGGACUGGGCCCACCCAUGGAACCCAGGUUUCUCACAAUUUGAAAAUGACUUUACUUUUAUCUGGGGGACAGUUCCAGGGAAUUCCUGGAACCAUAGCCACUACAGCGAGCUUUGAUUGAUAUUGGGUAUAAGCAGACCCUGGAAUUUAAAACCACCUUCACUAAUCCUAAAUUAAAACUAGUAUAAUGCUGCCAUCUUGUGGUCAGAAAUAGUUUGAAUUUAAGUAAUCCACAUCACUGAUUUAAGUGUAAAAUGUGUUUUGUUUUUUUCUUUCUCGUCAACUCAUUAAAAUGAGUGAUUGUGGUUGUUUUAAGGUUUUAUUUUCUGUCUCUGUUCAUUGCAUGGGUUUGUACAUACAUAUACAUAUGUUUUGUUUGUUUCGCUUGAGGCAAAGUCGUGUUAUUUAAACCCCCUUGACAGCACAAGGCAAACUGGGAAUAACUUGUUUUAAUGUUAUUGGUGGUCCAAGGGGGUUUUACUGUGUAUAAUAUCUCAGUAAUAAUGAAGGCUGAGAAUAGUUAGUUAUGUUGUAUAAAUAGGUGGGAAAUCAAGCAAGCUAUAGCGUCACAGAAUACUGUACAUAUGAUGUAUAAUUACAGUAGCCAGCGGGCCCCCCUCCUGCUGCUGGGGAACAAAUUUAAUGCUUUUCAUGAUCGACCCUGUCAAGGCAUCACGGUGUAAUACUGUUCCCCAGGAGAUGGGAGGCGACAUGCUGGCUACCCCUUUCAUUACAUAAGAGUAAAGCACUUGGUUUAAAGGAAAAUCUUUGGUUCCAGGCUGUGUGCUUGGUUCUCAGUUUUACUGUUCUAGAGGUAUUUCUUUAAAUGACUAAGUCUUUUCCUGUGUCAGUUUUUGGUCUAUUGCCUUCAAGCUGUUGCGUUACACAGUACAAGUGCAAUUUAAAUGAAAAUCUCUUGGAAUAAUAUAUUUAAUCGUAAUAAAAAAAAAAACUACAAUUCUCAGUAUGUCGCUUACGGUUUCUGUGUUUUGUCAUCUAAUGUACUGUACGCAUAAUCUGUCAUACACGUAUAGUUGUCGAGUUUGCAAAAUUGGUUUGUCCUCACUUUUAAAGAAAAAAUAGACUUUAUUUUCUGGUAUAAACGCCAAUGCUAACAACAUUGAAGGUCAAUCAGACUUGUUAUAAAUAGUCACCCCAGUAAAUGCUGAAGAACUUACUGUAAGGAUUGGCUCGGUCAAAGCAUGUAUAUCAGGACAGUCCCCUCUACAUCAUGAACAAAGUUCAAUUUAAUAUUAGUAACUUGUUUCCCUCCUAUAUAUGGGACUUUAUUCACUCUUUUCAUGACUAUGGCGUGCAGGUUUAUCUGUGAAUUUAAUGUUAACUCACAAAUCUCAAAGAACUUGUGUAGGGCUUUUAUGAAAUACGUACAGAGUGCCAUUAGAAUGCUGGGGAUUAUCUGAUCAUAAAUAUUUGAUUCAAAAGUUUUUUUUCUUCUUCAUCUAUAUAUACUUGUGGCUUAGUAACCAAAUCGGAAUUUACAUAAUUAAAGGUGAACUGUCACUUACCCAGAUUGUUAAGUUUACUAAUCUCUGUAUUUAACUCUCAUUUAAUUCUGUAUUUGUGAAGUGCGAAAAUAAAAUGUAGAAAUAGACACCUUUAUCCUGCAACUGGGCACCUCCAUCUUGGCUCCCUGUCAGUCACUGUUCUAUCUGUCCUUUGUACCUGGCAGUCGGCUUAGAGAGAGCAUACAGAGAAGAGGAGAAAUGAAACAAUAUUUCUACUCUCCCUUUGCAAUGUUUGGCAUUCUUUGAACGGAAUUGUGAUUUAAUUUGCUAAAUCUUUUCUAUAUUGAACGGCACCUGAAAAAGUUAUAGAUGAUUGAAUGUUUUAUUCAGUGAUAUAAAUUCCACUGAAGUGACCGUUUAAAUGAGGCAAUCCAAGCCCCAUAACCACAACAUCGUGCCCUCCCAAUGUAAGUAGCCAAACGUUUUUUUUUUAAAAGGUUUAUCUUCUUACCUGGGUCCUCAGAGAACAGGGAGCUUUGUCUGAGUGUAUUCCGGUGCAGGGCUUAGUUCAUUGGCUGAGAGUGGCCACUACAAUUCAGAAGAGCCAACGAAAGCUCCAGCUUUCCAUAGAGGAAGUAACCAAAACCUGGCAGACUCGAGGGAAGAUGUCCAAUAGUUCUAAUGGUUUGACUACUUGUGGGGUGUGGGGGCUGUGCAGCACUCCUGCUUAGUAUUACUUUAAAUACAUUUUUAAUUAUGGGGAAGACCUCAAGUAAAAAGUCAAAACAGUAAAAAAAAAUAGUUUGACUACUUAUAUCAUAGGCUGCCAGGGCACUCCUGACACCAUAACAUGUAAUUGUUAGAUUGAUUUUUUUUUUGUUUUUAGUCUCAGCAGCAAAUUAGUCUAAAAUAGAUUUGGGGUGAGUAAUCCAACUCUGCUGCUGUCAAGUUUGACUAUUUUAGCCCCAAUUUUGUCAUUGAGAUUUAAUUUGCGAAUAACACGUUCUAUACACUACACAAGCAUAGACCAGAGCGCCUCAGGGAUUUUUAAUAAAGUGAACAUUCUAAGAGCAUUUCCAAUGUAAAGCCAGAGUAGCUGCACUGGUUCAAAC